AUGAUUGAUUUAUACGAAUUGGUUAUUUUGAGUUGUACCGUUAUUGCUGGAUACUUAACCUACAAAUUGUACCUGUAUCCAUUCUAUUUAUCACCUAUUCGAAAACUACCUGGGCCACCUACUGACGCGCCGUUAAUGGGAAACACUUUAUCAUUUCUCAAAGAAGAGUUCGGAGUACCACAACUUCGAUGGGCAGAAAAAUAUGGUGGACUGUUAAGAUUCCACGGAUUUCUCAAUGUCCCUCGUAUACAAAUAACUGACCCAAAAUUAAUACAACACGUGACAGUUAAUAAUGUCUACGAGUACCCGAAGCCUCCGUUUCUUAUAGCAAAUUUGUUACCGAUAUUGGGAAAAGGAUUGUUGUUGGUGGAAGGCGAUGUUCAUAAGCGGCAACGAAAGUUGAUGACGCCUGCUUUUACAUUUGCAAAUAUAAAGGGAAUGGUCCCGAUAUUUGCAAAGCCAUUACAUACUUUGAAAAAAAUAUGGAUCGAGUUAUUGGAAAAUCAUAAAGAUGGAAAAGAGAUACAGAUCGAUAUUAUGUCGUUUAUGUCGAAAGCUACGUUAGAUGCUAUCGGAAUGAUUGGUUUCAAUUACCAAUUAAAUGCGUUGACCGGGAACGACGAAUUAGCAAACGCUUACACAAUGGCUUUCGGCACAGAAAACAAACCACAUGCUCUUUACAUUAUUCUCUCAAAUUACUUUCCGAUAAUGCGGAAUAUUCCCAUAAAAGCGAAUCGUGAUACUCAACGAGCAUCGAAAAUUGUUGAUAAAGUUUCGAUGCGUCUGGUAAAAGAACGACAAGAGGCGGCAAUCAAAGGAGAAUUGGAAGGAAAUGAUCUGUUGACGUCGUUGAUUAAGGUCAAUUUACAACAAUCAAACGAGGAGGAAAAGAUGUCUGAUAUUGAAUUACAACAACAGAUUAUGACAAUCCUGGCAGCUGGUCAUGAAACUACCUCGGUAGCUACGACAUGGGCUAUUUGGUUUCUCUCCAAACAUCUAGAUAUACAAGACACUUUACGUAAAGAAAUUAUUGAACACUUUCCCGACUCAGAUUUCGUUCCAGAUUUUGACACGAUAAAUUCAUUGGAAUAUCUGAAUUGUGUUAUAAAGGAAACAAUGAGACUAGUACCUCCGGUACCAAUUGGAUUACGAAUCGCCUCAAAAGACGACAUACUAAACGGUUACCUCAUCCCAAAAGGCACGCGAGUAUCUAUAAAUAUAGUCGCCAUGCACCGACUAUCUUCUUUCUGGGGCCCAGACGCCGAAAAAUUCGUUCCGUCACGGUGGCUUGACCCUACACUCACCACAAAACUUUCAAAUUUCAAUUACUUGCCAUUUCUGACGGGUCCUCGGUCGUGUAUUGGGAAUAAGGUUGCGUUGAACGAGUUCAAAGUGUUUUUGGCGGUGCUGAUAAGGAAUUUCAAAUUUCGUGAGAUUGAAGGAUUUGCUGUGAAAAAAGAAUUGAGAAUUACGUGGAGACCGAAGCCGAAUUUGAAGUGUUGGGUUUCGAGAGUUAAAGAAUAA